UGUUGCUACAAGGAGGAUAUAUUGAAUGUGAACAGCUUAAACAGCGCUUAGACAGUGUUUUAGUGUUGUUUAGGCAUAUAUAGCCAGGGCACUUAAAGCUUGCGAAAAACGUCAACGUAUUAGAGGCCACAGUUAGAUAUAGACACACUAGUCUUCUGACAAAAUAAUUUGGCCAGACUACGUGCUAGCAAAGCUAACAACAACAGUUGCUUUUUCUCAAAAGAGGCACACAAAGGAAAUGCGGUCGAUUUGAAAACAUUAACGUAAACUGGAGUCGUCUAAAUGGUCGAGGUUACUAUCUCCUAAUAGUUCGUUAACGGCACAGAUCAUAUCUCAAGCUCUGGUGUAACUUGCAGCCAGUGGAGCGGUCUUUGUUAAAGCAGAAACAUCUCAGAUUUGACUCGCCACUCUUGAUUUGUGAGCCUCUUAAUUCUGGUUAAUCUGAAUUUGACAUUUUGGCCAACUGCAUUGCUAAAUCGUUGUGUGCUAGUUUGCUAUAUUACUUACGUGUCUCACGUUAGCUUAGCGUUAGCUUAUGUGAAUAACUGCCAUUAUGGCCAUAAUUGUGAAUAGAUAUACGCACAGAGACUCAUAUCCUGUUGUUAAAAGAAGGCAGCUAACAAACUAGCUUGCAGAACGAACUAGCUAACAUUUAGCAUAGUGUUCCUUAGCAAAGCUACUCGGCUAGCACACUUGGUCACCCUCGUAGUGUGUUUGCUGUUUUGAAGAGGGCGGUUAACGUAACUGUUAUGUUUCGACCCUUACAUCCAGCGGCAGUGUUUCCUGUAUUUGACUUGAAUGUGACGUUAGCCGACUACCAUAGAAGCCGGACCUGGUGUCUAUAAACGGUUGAGACAGCGUUAGUGUUUGAAGUGGGGUUACGUUAGCAUUUAGCCAACAGGCUAAUUAGUUAGCAGAGCUAGCUGUAACGUUAGCUAACGCUAACCCAUUACCGAGUAACGACAGGCGGCUCUUAGCUGCCGUUGAAUUCAAGUGGCAGCAAAGGAACGAAGAGUUGAUAUCUUUCUUCUAGACUUAACAAUGGCCACCGCUACAGGCGAGGCCCUGUUUUUGUUAAAGGAUGUGAAGCCUGGGUCGAAAAACCUCAAUAUCGUAUUCAUCGUGUUGGAAAUAGGACGAGUAACCAAAACGAAAGAUGGGCACGAGGUGCGCUCCUGCAAGGUGGCAGACAAGAGCGGGAGCAUCGCCAUCUCUGUUUGGGACGAACUUGGUAGCCUCAUUCAACCAGGGGACAUCAUCAAACUGACCAGAGGCUAUGCAUCCAUAUGGAAGGGCUGCCUGACCUUAUACACUGGAAGAGGAGGGGAUCUGCAGAAGAUUGGCGAGUUCUGCAUGGUGUACUCGGAAGUGCCCAACUUCAGUGAACCAAACCCAGACCUGCAGUCCCAAACAAACCAGCAGAACAAGUCUGGUAAACCAGACCAGAAUCAGAGGGGGAACUCUCCACCCAAUCAGAAUUCAGGUACACCUGCAGCCCCAGGUAACGGUGCCAUGGCGCCAUUUGCCAACAACAACCCAACCCCCGGUGCGCCCCGUGACCCCGGGUUCGGGAGCAUUGGGCGACCCAACGGCCGGUCGCCCGGCAACGGAGCGCCUCCAGUUGCUGCUGCUGCAGGACCCCAAACAGCCGCAAAGUCUUCAGUUACCAUUAGCAACGGCAGGGACCCACGGCGUGCCAAAAGAUGAAAUUGGGGUGUAGGGGGGGGAAACUAUGGACAUCCCCAUUUCCCCCUGCCCCCCUUUUUAAAAACAUUUCUGCCCCUUCCGGUCACAGCCUAUAUUUACUGUCCUCAGUAUGAAUUAAAUUAGGGACUGCUCGCAUCAUUUUUCUACAUGCUAACAUGGUCACAUGUGGUGUUUGUCAUCAGUCGUGCUCUCAGUAAGCAGCACAGUGUGACUGUGAUCUACCUGUCCAUGCGUCAGCUGGACUCCUCGGUGGUUGCGUCGUGGUCGGCCUUCUCAGUCUACCCCCCUACUGCAAGUGUCCAGCUCUGUGCCAGUGUGUCCUCCCCGUACACUGUCCUUUACCCGUUUAUGGUCUUUCAAACUACACACCCUACUUGAACACUCGAUGCACUUUCUUCACUUAAUUUAUGUCGGGCUGAACUUGGCUGUCUUUUAAAUCAGGAGAUGCGUUUGUUUCCUCAGCAGUAAAAGGCCUUAAGUUGGUGAACGUGACUUCUUGGACUGAAUGCAUGAGCAAAGGGUCUGCUCCCUCACAGCCCAACUGUAUCCAACGUGAAUCUGUGAAAGGAAAGGUGUUGGUUUAGACUUUUUAAUGCUAGGUCAAUUGAUCUUAAAUAUUUUUGUUGUUUUCCAUCAGUUGUACCUAGAUCAAGGUUUGAACACUCGAUUUAAUGGCAAAAUGUUUCACAGAAUAAAUUUUACAGUAAUUCUGCUGCCACAUGUCUGUUUGACAGAAACACAAGUUACUGUUGAGGUCAAUCAAGUGCUUAACACUGCACUUGGAUAUCAAACUUACUGGUAAUAAACUCAUUAAUAUUGCUCAAAUAUAUUGUGACUUGAAAUACAA